GACCCAGAGCGUCAGCAGCGGCCGCCUGACGCCCGGGGCUCGGCCGGAGUGGGGAACCCGAACCUCGAAGGGGGCUUUCAGGAGACAAAGGCUCUGCCAGGGGGCCGUGGGCGUGGACCGGCGCCUCUAGGGUCUUUGUGCGGACACGUGCAUCUCGCGUUUGCGAGUCUUUGUGGAUUUUGUUCCUGGGACGUGUAUCUGCCUGUGCUUUUGUGUGUCCGUGAUUCGGGGAGUCUGUUUCGCGCCUAUGUCCGCGUUUCGUGGGCCCGCAUUUGGCUAUGGAUGUUGGUGGGCGCGUCGUUGUGUGCCCGCGUACGUGGUCUGUGCCUGUCGACGUGUCUGGGUUGGGUGGCCGUGGAGUGUGUGCGCGCCGAGAGCCAGACACCGCCCCGACUCCUCGCUCCCCUGCUGUCCACCCGGGCCCCCGACUUGGCUUCAAACUUUUCUCCUGGUUCCUCGGGCAACAGCCCCCGUCCUCCUCCCCGCUGCAGCCCGGGCAGGGGGCGCUAGCAACCGUCCCCUCAUUCACCUCCAGGGGUCCUUAGAGCCGCAAGGGGAUAGUAUAGGAUCGGUGGAUGUGGGAAUCGGCAAUACCUGGGCACUGACCUAAGCCAAGGCUGGGCAGAGCGUGCCGGACACCCCAGCCGAACCAGCUGUAAGGAGAGAGGUAAGCACCCGGUCCUGGGCCCCGAUCUGGGGCUGAAGUGAGAAGAGGAGUGGGCAGCUGGUGUUGCACACUCCACGCUUCUCGGAGAAAGUGUAUGUGACCGAGAAACGCGUCUGCUUGUCGGAGAGGCCAGCCCCAGUCCCCAGUUCCGCUUUGAGAUCUGCUUUCCGUUUGCAUCUAGCCCCUAGGGUAGGGGGUCUAGCCCUCUGAUCCCGUAGAUGAGAAGGCAACUGCCGCCCGAGGCCUUGGAGGGAGGAGGAACCUUGCUCACACUAGUUUCCAAUGGACAGUCCACUGGCCCACAAUAGGGCACUAGGCAAGUUGCUCAGCCUUUCUGAGCCACAGUCACCCUGUUAUGGAUAAGAGUGACAGGUCCCUCGUGGGACAGAACAUGCGGUGGGAAUAACCAAGGAAGCCAGAGACAGCCUGAGAGCAGUGCCCCCCCGCAACUUGGCCUGGGCAAGGAGGUGACUCAGGAACUUCUGAUCCUUCCUCUCUGCCUGCUCUACCCUUCCAAUAAGUCCAGACUUGCAGAGCACAGGUCCGACCUGAGAGGGAGGGCUCAGGCAGGAGCCUGCUGGGCUUUUGAUCCUGGGUGGCAAAGAUAACCCUAACACCUUCCCUCCCUUACCCCCACCCUGCCCCGUGUUUAACCUAGAACUUUGCCUGAUGCUGCAGACAUGAAGGAUGGGCACAAGCCACUCACCUGGGGAGGAGGCAACUGUGGACACUUUCCUUUCCCUCUCUGGGCCUCAGUUUCCCUUCUGGAAAGGGAGGUAUUGACAGCCUCUCUCCUCCCUUCCUGUUCUGGUUGACUGGUUGACAUCCUAGAACCUGGGAACACUUUGAUAUUUAACACCUCCAUUCUGACUUGACCAAGUCCCAAGCACUAAUUUGCUCUUUUGAAAGGGAAGAGAGGAGAUGGCUUUGAAGUUAGAUAGGGAUGAAGUAAGAUGGGCCUGGACCCCCUGCAACCCAGGAAGGAACGGAUAGAAAGCAGCCUGCCUGGGAAGCCAGGUGAAUGCAUCGGGGAGGGAGGCAGGGAGUAUCUCCCAUGGGGGAACUGCACUGCAUGGCUCUGUGUCUUCUGACACAGCACAGGGGUGAUCAGCAUUGUGGACUGUCAAAUGCAAGGUUGGGGAGGGAGGGUUGGAAUUCAACUUGAGGCUGGAAGGUAAGGCAGAGGCCAAACAGAGGGCCUUGAAUGCUGGGCCUAGGAGCUGAGGAUUAGGCAGUAGAGAGCUGUUGGAGGGUUUAAGCAAGCAUGACAGGGUGGGAUUGGUAAUUCUAGGAAACAUUCCUCUGGCUUCUUAGGGUCAGAAGGAGAUUUUUACUUACUUCAUUGCUUCCUAGCUCUGUGGCCUUGAGCAAGUAACUCUACCUCUCUGAUUCCCAGUCUCCUCAUCCUUCAAAUGAGAAUGGUAAUUCCUGUCUCACUGACCUGUUGUGAAUGUUAAAUAGGAUAAUGGGUUACAUGUGCUAAUAAAAUGAGAAGAGGUUUAGUCUGGAUCAUGGUACAGACGUUUGUUGGAUUUCACCGAUAAUAGAAGGCAGAGCCAGCAUCUACUAUGGUCCUAAACCUGAUUUCACCACCUGGUAAAGCCCUAAGUAUCCUGCAAGCUUGGACUGACUGGCACCGUCUCCAAGCAGAGGGAAGCUUUCUGCCCAGGACAUUUUACUCAUCUAGUCUAUUCCCUUCACAUGGCUAGGUCCCACACAAGAGUGGAGCUGGACAGUCAGGCUGGGAGAUGGCCACACACCACAAAAUGUAUCAUACUUUGACAGGCAGCCCAGGGGCCACAGGAGCCUAGGGGGAGGCUGACCUUUUACCAGAUGAGGGGCAAGUUAGAUUGGGAAGACCUCAUAGAGGAGGUGGCUUUUGAAUCAAAUGAGUGAGAGUUUGCAUGGAAGACAGCAGAGCGUGUUUGUCAUCUUCAUCAGAGGGAACAGCCUGUGCAAAGGCUGAGGAGUGAGACAGGCCUCUAGACUGGCAAGCUCCCUCUGCAGGAUGGGUUUUAAACUGGGAUCAGUGGUGGGGUCCUGGUCUUCUGUUGGGAUUCUGCUCUGGUGCCCAGUAAAGCUGGCAGUUGGAGGCAAGGGGCCAGGCCAGGAGGCCUCCUGAAACUGACCUGGGCAGUAUUGGGGGUGAGGGAGGGGAAAGACAGUGACCCACCCACCCAAAGGCAGCUGCCGAAUCUCACUCUGUCCUCAUCCUGUCACUGGUGACAUGACUGCUUCAGCCCACUUUGGCCCCUGUGACCUUUCCAGAUCCCUUUACCAACUCCCUGGUGGAGCCUGGUCAGCACUUGUAGCCCAGGCGGGACCCUGGGUGGUGCACUGGGAGCAAAUCCAAGGAAGAAUCCAUAUUAGAGUCUUCUCUAUCCUCUGCCCCUGUCUUGCCUUUGGAUCUACUGGUGUUGCAGCUCCUUUUUCUUACUUGGCCUUUGAAAUCACCCAUUAGAGGGCAGGAACCCACAUGCAGUGAGCACUAGGGUGUACCAGGCCUGGGCCUGAGUCUUCACUUUACCUCGUGUAAUCACCCCAGUGGCCCACAGGAGCAGUACGUGGUUUCUCACCCUGUUACUGAUGAAGACUCGGACUCAGAGGGGAGAGGGCGCACGCAGGCCUCCUUGCAGGUGAGGCACCGUGGGGCUGGAGCCGGUGUGCGUGACUGUCCCAUACUGCCUGCCCGUGUCCACACAUGCUGCCUCAGACCGAAGGGAACUGGAAAAGCUUCAGGAAGGAGAACAUAGCUUUGGAAACCCUGUCCAUUCCCGUUGAUUAGCCUCCCUGGGCAAGGUGCUGCACCUCCAGGGCCACCUGCACCAGGGGUGAUGUCAUGGAGGAGGCCAGGCCCCGGGUGUCAGAACACCUGGAUCCUGAGGCCAGCCUCUGUCCUCACUGGCUGUGUGACUCUGGACAAAUCACAGAGCCUCUCUGGGUCUCUUUAUGCAGCUGUAAAAUAGAUACAGUGCCAUCUAACCCGCUGAUCUUGCAAGGUGACUGGACAGAUAAGAGUUGCAGAGGCACCAGGAAGGUUGAGAGGUGUCCUUUGGCGAGGUGGUCGUAUUCUAAAUGCCUGCUGUAUCUUCCUGUGGUACCUGUUCUGCGCCAGGCCCGGUGCUCAGCUCCAAGGACAUAAAAAGUGAAUCUAACCCCAUCCCUGCCCACAGGGAGACAGACAGGUAAACAUAGUUAUGGUCCAGCAUGGUCAGCUCCAGCUGUCCUCCACACGUGCUCAUUUGUAAGUUGAGACAGUGAUAUAAGGAGCAUUGGAUUUGGGGCUCAGACUCCUGAGUUUAGACCUGGUUCCUCCCUUACCCAGCUGAAUAGCGUCAGUCUCUUUGUCUGCAAAACAGGGACAGUAAUCCCCACGGUCGAGGAUUGUGAUGCAGAAGUGAGUUGCUGGUGUAGAAGUGCGUGGCGAGCGGGCGUGUUUGUACAGAUGUGUGGCUUUAGCGCUUGUGUUGGGAGAGCCAGCCCUCAAGGCUCUGGGAGUUUGGCCCUGACAUUCUUUUGGCCUUGUGUCUCCAGAACUGAUUCAGUGGUCAGGGGCCAGGAUGUUAAUGGAAUUUCCACCUGGGGAUUUUGUCGGCGUCAGCUCAAGUGAGCUCAUGGAGAACAUAAGCAGGGUGGGAGGCCGCUCAGCAUCGAACAGCCAGUGGAGACAAAGCCCUUCUCAGCCCCCACCAUGCCGUGGCCCCUGCUGCUGCCGCCCCUGCUGCUAUUGCUGGCCACAAGCGGGGCCCAGACCACCCGGCCCUGCUUCCCCGGAUGCCAGUGCGAGGUGGAGACCUUCGGCCUCUUCGACAGCUUCAGCUUGACACGGGUGGAUUGCAGCGGCCUGGGCCCCCACAUUGUGCCCGUGCCCAUCCCCCUGGACACAGCCCACCUAGACCUGUCCUCCAACCGGCUGGAGACUGUGAAUGAGUCCGUGUUGGCGGGGCCGGGCUACACCACGCUAGCUGGCCUGGACCUCAGCCACAACCUGCUCACCAGCAUCUCACCCACAGCCUUCUCCCGCCUUCGCUACUUGGAGUCACUCGACCUCAGCCACAAUGGCCUGGCAGCCCUGCUGGCUGAGAGCUUCACCAGCUCACCCCUGAGCGACGUGAACCUAAGCCACAACCGGCUCCGUGAGGUCUCUGUGUCCGCCUUCACCACGCAUAGCCAAGGCAGGGCGCUGCACGUGGACCUCUCCCACAACCUCCUCCACCGCCUGGUGCCCCCAACCUCGCGGGCCAGCCCGCCUGCACCCACCAUUCAGAGCCUGAACUUGGCCUGGAACCGUCUCCGCACUGUGCCAGACCUCCGGGACUUGCCCCUGCGCUACCUGAGCCUGGACGGGAACCCGCUGGUGACCAUCGGCCCCGGGGCCUUUGAGGGGCUGGCCGGCCUUACACACCUGUCACUGGGCAGCCUGCAGGGUCUCCCCCAGCUGGCGCCCUAUGGCUUCCGUGAGCUGCAGGGCCUGCAGGUCCUGGACUUGUCUGGCAACCCCAAGCUCAAGUGGGCAGGAGCUGAGGUGUUCUCAGGCCUGGGCUCCCUGCAGGAGCUGGACCUGUCGGGCACAGGCCUGGUGCCCCCGCCCGAGAAGCUGCUCCUCCACCUCCCAGCGCUGCAGAGCAUCAGCGUGGGCCAGGGCGUGUGGUGCCGGCGCCUAGUGCGGGAGGGCACCUACCCCCGACAUCCCGGCUCCACUCCCAAGGUGGCCCUGUACUGUGUAGACACCCAGGAAUCGGCUGCCGGGGGCCCCAAUACCUUGUGACGAAUGGUGUGGCCCGGGGCCAUGUAACAGACUGCACCCUGGGCUUCCUCAGGUCCGGGGUAAUUUAUACUUUAAUGUGCCAAUGCCAGGGGACUCUGCAGGCCUAUGUGGCAGCGUCAUUGCAAGAGAGGCUUUGGACCUGGGACCCACACCCAAAAGCAAAGUCUUGCCCCUUUGUCUGUGUUGCUCCCCAGACCAUAAGCUGAGGGUCUUCGAUGCCAAACCAGACAGCAGUCCCCUGCUGUCCUUCCCAACUUGUCCCCAAAGUGCCUUCCCCGAGGCCUGGACCAACCUGACCCGUACGGGAGGAGGGUGGAAGGGAGGUAGUGCUGCGGGACAGAGGUCAGGUCCAGCCACUCAGGGCCGUGGGGUUCUUUUACGACAUAGGCCUCUCUUUGCUCUCGGCAUGUGAGGCCUACUUCAUCCUCCCCACCCACCCCACCCCCACCCCCAGAAUUCUGGGUAGAACUUUAAUUAUAAAAGGACUGGAGAAAAAAAAUCAAGUCCACCUCCUCAUUUGAUAGAUGGGAAACUGAGGCCCAGAGAAGGAAAAACGCUAAUCUGAGGUACUAUGGGGCAGAGGCUUGACUGGACCAGUGGCCUGCCUCCCAGCAGGGCCCCUUUGCACUUUUCUGUCUUCUCUAAAUCCUACUCUCCCCAUCCUCUUUCUGGGUUCCCUCUUGCUUCCAAGAACCACAUCCUGCCAUUUGUGCCCUUUCCCUGUCAUCCCCAGGAGAAUAGGCAAGGGCGUUGGAGGUGGGACUCCGGGUCUGGUAACCAGCUGUGCAGCACAGGCUAAGUCAGUUUCACCUUGGAGCCUCUGGAAGCUUCAGGCAUGCCAGUCCCAGCCCUGCCAGUUUCCCACUCUGGGGUGGGGUCCUCCAGCAUCAAGACUGGAAGUUCACCUGUUGACCCCAGAGGUACCUCCUCUGGCCCAUACCCCAAGGAGAUGAUGCAGUCGUGGAGCCUAGCCAGGCCCUGAGCUCCAGGGGCCUCCUGGAUUCAGCUCCCACUGGCCCUGAGCCCAGCAGCCCAUUCCACCCUACUGAGAAUGAAGCAAAGGAGGCAGGGUAGCCCCCACCCAUGUUUAUGCUCCCCUACCAGGGUGGCAUCUCAGCUCCCAGGCCCAGGCUCUUUCUUUUAUGUCGGUUUUAUAAAAGUUAUCUUUUUAAUGGACUGUCACCUUCAACCACCCUCUCUUCUGGGCCCCUGCUGGCAGGGGAUGGAAACAUGUCAUUUGUAAAAGAAGAAAAACAUUGCAUUUGUUCACUUUGCAAUGCAUUUACACAUUGCAUUUGUAAUAUUGUGUCCUGGUGGGUUGUGUUGGGGGAGGAGGCAUGGGUGGAAGCCAGCCAUAUGUGGCCGUGUGGGGCGUCAGGGGGCAGGCCCCACAGGACGCCCACAGGACAAUGAGAGCUCUGUCCUCCCCCUCCAGCCCCACCCAACACCUGGUCCUUGGUGUAAUAAACACUAUAAAGAGCCCCUCUUUCCAUCAUUUGACCAGCAUCCACCGACAUUCCCUAGACUGGGCCCUGGGGCCACAAGGAUGAAUUGGGACCAGCUUGUUCUCUGUAAAGUCCAGUAACCUCCCAGGAUUGGUUGAGUAAAAGUGACGUGAGGAAGGUAGUUGUUUGGGGUGGAUUUCACCUUUCACUGCAGCUUACAAUCUUUCCGCCUUCCUUAUCUCCCCUCCCCCUGCCACACCAACCCCACGAACUUGUCAGGCCCUUGCACACCUCUGCUUUGCUGAGGCUGCUACUAUGGGACCUGGCCCUUGCCCCCAUCCCUGCCUCUCAUCUCCUUCCCACCCUAAUAGACCCAGUUGCUACCUCACCUCCUUAGCAGCUUUCCUUGAGGUCCUCCUCCACCUCCCUCCUCUUAGGCUCCAAUAGUACUUUGUUCCUUCUUGGCAUUUCGACUGCUGUGGGACCCUAACUCCUUUUUACACACUUCUGGUGACAAGGGAUCCAAUUCUGGCUCUGCUGUCAGGAAGUUCUUACUCCUAACUGGCCAAGAUAUGUAGGGAUAUCCAUCACCACCACCAACAGGUUUUUUCCUGCUGUCUACUCUGUGCCCUGGGACUCAUGUUCCUGGGGUGGGAGAGGGGAGGACACCUAACUAUAAGAGCAGCACAAGGAGCUGUGAGAGCCCUGUGGUGGGGUUAGGAAGGCUUCCUGGAGGAGGCUCAGCCACAGCAAUGACAGGGACAAGUGGGCCUGGACAAAGGGGCUGGCACUUGGGAGACGUCCUGGGUAAGCAGUGGUACAGAGCCCAGGACAUUCAGGCCAUGGCUAUGGUUGGGGUACUUCCCCAUCAUGUGACUUAGGCCCCCCCGGGCUUGGGCUCCCUGAGCCAGAGACAGCCCCGUCAAUAUGGGAAGAGAUCUGAAGCAUGGGGAGAGAGGGAGGGUCAAGGUGAGAACCCAGCCCUCACAGCUCUUGAAUUGGUUCUCCACCCCUCCCACUUGGGACAAGUGAGACAUCAAAUGCAGGGUCCGGGAGAGAUCCCUGGGACUUUAACCUAGUGGGGCUGGGCCCUCCCAAAGGUCUGCUUGAAGAAGGCGUCUUUUGAGUAGGGCCAUGGAACAUAGGGAUCUUAAACUAAGCAGUGCUGAAGGGGAAGGAACCCUGGUCUCCUUCAGGUCACCUCCACCCUGAGCUGCAGCUUUCACAUCCUGCAAGACGACGUAGGGGUGAAACUCCAGUGGAAGGAUGAACAGACGCCUCCACACCAUGCGGGUUCCUCCUUCCUGAUGGGGCCAUCACCACAACCCCUGAGUGCCGGUGGAAAGGAGAAGCCCGCGGGGGCAACCGGCCUCGCUGAUUCCGGCGUCCCAACGGCUCCUCCGGAGGCUCCCGGCACGCAGCACCACCUCGUGGUCACGCAUGUCCAGACCUGAGGUCUGAGGGGUCGAAAAGCAAGGCCCAGGGCCGCUGGAGGCCAACGUGGACCUGCGCAGCUGGCGCGGCCAGUCUCUCCUUCCCCUCGGGGACCGCCUUCAUCCACACUCUGCCCUCCUGGAACCCUGGGGCCGAGGAUGAGGUCAUUGGAAUUUUACAGAACUAUAGAGAUGAGUGCAAAGUUUCCGUUUUGGAGUUUCCGGAAGAGGGUUAAAAUCCUGGGUCCAUCAGGAACCAGUUGCAUGACUUUAACCAAGUCACUUUCUCUGGGCCCGGAAAAUGGGGAUGAAAAUAUUUCCCUGCACGGGGUUGUAUGAAGAGUAAAGGAAGGAACAUCUGUAAAGAAUCAAGUACAGUGCCUGGCACAAAAUAGACACUCCGUAAAUGCUUGUUUCCGCCCUCAUUCAACCAUAGAAUUAUGAAUUAGAUUACAGAGCCAUGUGGUCUUAGACUCAUAUUUUGGUAACUGACUCAGAACUGAAGAAUUUCGUGAAGGUUUAGGAUGGUAGAGCUGCAGAAUAAUAGUGUCAUCCACAGGAUCUUGGCUCUGUGUACCUUAUCACAGGACAGACCUUCAGUGUGCACGUCAGCCUGUCACGGACUGGCCUUGCAGUGCGCAUCUCAGUUGCGUUUUAUUGCUGGGGAAACAACUAAGGCACAGUUUGCAGUCACGGUCCAGGCUGGGUCAUAAACGUUUCACUGCACUUCAUUCACAAUUCAGUUGCCAUUACUGGACACCUGUUCCUUGGACUGGGUAUUCAUGCUGUCAUUUCCUCCCCACAACAACUGCCCUCGGUGUUAUGGUCACCGUACAGAUGAAGGCAGCCUGGGCCUGACUUCAUCUGUCAGAUGACUAGUCUCAUUCUUGCCUGUCCAACCUCAGUGGCCAGGCCAGCUGUGGCAGAUCCCAUGUGUCAGAGAGGGUAGAGGUGCUCUGAGAAACCCAAAACCACUAGGAUCCCAUUAAUUGUUCUGUCGGGAGGGGAAAAAAAAGCUGGGAAAGUUAUGCUGCUCUAAGCAUCUCCCAUCAGAUCCAUGGGUUCUAGAUCCUAGAACAUGAAAAGCCAAAGAUAAAAGCUUUCCCCUCCUGGCCCCAUUUCACAGAUGGGAAGACUGAGGCCCAGAGAGGCACAGCCCAAAGUCAUAGGGCAGGUGACAUGGCCACAAGUCCACGAUUCUGUGCUUCAGAACUGGCUACAUAAUCAGUGGGACCCAGUGUAAAAUGAAAAUGUGAGGUCUCUUGUUCAAAAUUGUUAAGAAUGUCAACAUGGUAAGAGCAGAACCUUAAACCAAGCACGAGGCCCUUCUAAGAUCCCACUGCUGUGCAGCCAGCCCUGCUGUGCUUUAAUCAUAUAAUUUACAGAGAAGGAAAGGGCAAAACACCCCAUGCUGGUCAGGAUGGCAAAAGAAAAUCUCUAUGGAUUUGUGUGAAACCCCAUCCCUCUAGCCCAGGAAGCUGAUUAGAUUCAAACCCAGGAAUUUCCUUCCAUGGGUGUUAUCACACCACCCUCUGAUUUCCCCAAAUUGUCACAGCCAGAAGGUUUUUGGAGAGAGAGAGCAGAUAACAAUGGAUACACCAGCACCCACCAACUGCCUCCAAACCAGCCAUGGGAUGUCUCUCUGGACAAGACUGCUGUAGGCAGUCUACCUUCUGCUCAUCCCUAAUGUCCACCAAGACAUAGAGGUCAUCAUAGGCCCAUAGGGCCUUGCACACAGAUGCUUAGUGGUCUGUGUUGGCUAAUUUCAGCAGGGAGCAAAUGCCCAUUGAUACCUAACAUUUAUUGAUACCUAAUAUUUAUCGAUAUCUAAUGGCUGACAUCCACAAAGCCAUAUAUACCAAUGCCAGUGUUUGCAGGUAGCUCAUCACAAGGAUAACUGCUCUGCUCAUUAAUACCUAAUGUCAGUCCAUAGCUCAACAUCUGGCAGCAGCAAAUAGCCAUCCAGUUAAGUCAUAUGCCCUGUGUUUAUUCAUGUAUUUAUUUAAGUCCCAAUGGUUUUAUUUAUGGGGAUUAUUGUGUUUGCUGAGCUGGGUGGGAAUUCUUUCUGUGUUUACUGUUUAAUUCCAAAAGCUAUUUAUUAUUUUCUUUGGCAUACCCAUUAUUCAAAAGAUUCUGAAUUAGGAACACUAGCAUACAUUUAUGUUUCUUGACCUAUACACAUAUGUAUAUGUAAUUAUUAAAUACAUGAUACAGGAAGACAGAGCAAAAGAGACCCUGCUUUGAGGACAGGAGUGUCAAGCCAGGAAAAAUUUACUAAUUAGUUGAUUCUUAGAGGCAGCAACUUUUCCAAAGCUGAGUGAAAAUUCGAGGCAUCAGCCCUUCUGCUCAGGCAAAGAAGGACAAAAGGCCCUACUUUGGGCUGAAAAAAAUUAGGGACUCUAAAAGGUUAGGACAACAUAACCAGUGGUUAAGGCACAGCAAAGAGAGGCUGCCUGGGCUCAAGGCCAGCUCUGCUACUUACAGCUAAGUGUCCUGGGGUAAGCCCUCAACUUCUUAGGCCUCAGUUUCCCUAUCUGUAAAAUGGAGACGGUAGCUACCUUACAGGGAUAUUGUAGGAAAUAAGUCAGUGUACAUAGAACACUUAGAAUAGCACCUGGCAUAUAAUAAGUGCCAUAUAAUAAAUACAAAACACAAUUGACCUUUGAACAACUCAAAAGUUAAGGAAGACAACCCUCCAAGCAGUCGAAGAUCUGAGUUUAACUUUAUCAUCAGCCUUCCAUAUCUACAGAGUCAUCUGUAGAUUCAAGCAACUAUGGGUCAUAAAGUAUGGAUUUAGUGAAAGAAAUUCGCAUAUAAGUGGACCGGUGCAGUUCAAAUACAUGUUCAAGAGUCAACUGUACUUUUUAAACAUUUUUUGGAAAAAUCUUUUGUCAAACUUUUAAGCAUGCUGUGACUCAAAGCAUUCUCAGGCAGGGUUCUUUUGGAGGCCAUCAGCUCUCAGCAGGUGAUCUCACAGAAGCUGUGGUCCUUAGGACUGUGUCUGAAAUGAGGUUCUACCCUCUGCACCAACACAUUUUGAAACUGCCUCACCAUACAGCUUCCUCCUAACACUCGGUGUUGAGGAAAUAUCCCCAUGACCGUUCUCCCCAGGCCCGGCAGUCACAGGUGGAAUGGCCCACCUGUUGUGAUUUGAGACUCAGUGACAACUCGCCCCUCUUCUCCCUCUCCCAGACAGCCUCACUCUUGUUGUCUGAUGUCUUUGCUAGACAGACAGGGGCCCAAAAGUGACACACCCUAAAAAGUGAUUUUUAAGGUGAUGUGUCGCUAGGACAGUUGCUAAGAUUAUGAUUCUAGAGGCAGGAUUAUGAGACCCAGAAAGAAGGGAGUUGAAAGAUAAGGUCUUUAACAUCUGCUGCCUUCUCUGUCAACCAGUGUGAUAUUUUGUCAUACUGGUGACCCCCCAAUGAGUCACACCUGGUAUUAUCACCCUGCGUAGAACCGCCCUCUUGAAUCUGGGCUGGGCCUGUGAUUUGCUUUAAUCAAUAGAAUGCAGCAGAAGUGGCUCUGGAUCAGCCCCAGACCUAAGUCUUAAGAAAGUCUGGCAGGUUUCCUUUUUGCAAUCUUGGGAGUCCGGAGCUGCCCCAUACAGAGUCUGGUAAGACCACGUGGAGAAGCCCGAAGGCCAUAUGGAGAAAGAAAGGCUCAGCCAUUCAGUAUCCCAGCAGAUCUCAGAGCCUGGCCAACCCUUCACCUACAGAAGUGACUGCAACAAAAGCAGCAGAGGAACCAACCAGCGGACCCCAGCCCUGAUUGCAGAAUCAUACGCUUAAACCAAACGACUCCUGUGCUAAGCCAUUAUACUUUGGAGGGCUUCCUACAUGGCGGCAGACAACCAAAACAGCCAAGCCACAGGCUCUGUGCCCAUGCCCUCCCCAUUUCUGUUGCCUCUCCUCCACCCCCUCUGGCUUUCCUGGUAAAAGAACUGCUAACCUAGCCAUGAGACCUGAGCAGCUGAAGAUGCAAAGAUGCCAAAUGACAAAGCCAGACAGCCAGACCUUCCUCAAGAGUGGCCAGUCUGAAGGGACAGGGCAGAGAGGCACAGUUAAGAGGAGACACAUGUGCCCGGUAUUUUAAAGUUUAUGAGAUGCCACCCUGCACACGAACUCUUCUUUUGUUAUAUUUUUGUCUCACAGCCACCCAGCAGGCUCAGCCUGUCUCCUCUCAGCCCAGACAAAUGACUUGCAGGUCCCCAGGCAGACCCAUCUGUCACACUGGGACUCCCCUUGUCUCUGCACAACCCCAGAUGGAAACUGGGAGAAUAAAGACCUAGACCCAC